AUCGCCACAAAAAUAAAAAAAAAAUUCGCGAAAUAUUUUAGUGAGUGAUGACAUUUGAAAACCGAUGCUAUUUAAGAACCGACACACAGACAGACGGUGCAGAGAGAGAUUCUUAACCCCACCCGUCUAAGUUGGCAUCAUAAAUAGAUCUCUCUUCUUAGUCCGAUCAGGGUUCUUCGUCGUCACUUUCCAUCUAAUAUAGUAGAUUAGCACUCACAAAUGGCCGUUGCCCCUGCUGCCAAUUACGAUUACCUCAUCAAACUGCUAUUGAUCGGUGAUAGUGGUGUGGGCAAGAGUUGCCUCCUUUUACGGUUCUCAGAUGGUUCCUUCAACACUAGCUUCAUAACAACCAUUGGCAUUGAUUUUAAGAUACGAACAAUCGAGCUUGAUGGAAAACGUCUCAAACUGCAAAUCUGGGACACUGCUGGCCAGGAGCGAUUUAGAACGAUCACCACUGCUUAUUACCGAGGAGCCAUGGGUAUUCUGCUGGUGUAUGACGUAACUGAUGAAUCUUCCUUCAACAAUAUUAGGAACUGGAUUCGCAACAUUGAGCAGCAUGCUUCUGACAAUGUAAAUAAGGUUCUAAUUGCGAACAAGGCUGACAUGGAUGAAAGUCUAAGGGUUGUUCCUACUUCAAAAGGCCAAGCACUUGCUGAUGAAUAUGGGAUUAAAUUCUUCGAGACUAGUGCAAAGACAAACAUGAACGUGGAGGAGGUUUUCAUUUCAAUUGCCCAGGACAUAAGGAAAAGACUUGAUGAAACUGGCUCAAAGCCCCAGCCUCAAACGGUCAGCAUUAAUAAGGCAGCCGAGCCCACUCAAGCUCCUCAACAAUCAUCUUGCUGUUAAGGUGCUCAUAUCGAUCCUUGCUUACUACUAGAUUGUAUUGGGGCAGUAGUUCAUAUAUUGGUAAAUCGAUGGGUACAGGUUUUCGCGUUAUUUAGUUUAAGAUAUUUCUUGCAAUUUCUGCACUUGUAAACAGAGAUAUAUAAUGCUGUUUUGAAAAGCAGCUUUCGUUUUGACUGCUAAACCGAAUCAAAAGAGGAACAAAUAUUUCCCUUCCCGUUGGGGCCUAAUCA